AUGAAGCAAACAAUUUUAAUCCUUCAUUUGUUGAUAUUAACCAUAUUGAUUCAACCAAUCCAAUCCACUCUCUCACACACUAGUUUGUUGGAACAAAUAUGCCGCCAAUCACCUCAUUACCACCUUUGCACAAUGACUCUAAGAUCAUCAAUCAACCAUAGAUCUAAACAAGACAUUGUUGGAUUUGGUCGUUUAGCACUUAGGAUUGUUAAUGCCAAUGCUUCCAUAACCCUAGAUCAUAUAAAAAAGGGUUACAUAAAAACCACUUGCCCAAUGGAAAAAGAGGCUUUGAAAGAUUGUCUUGCUUCAUACAACAUGAUAGUUAAUGUGCAUCUACACGAGGCUCUAAAUGCUCUUAACAAACGUGAUUAUAAGAUUGUUAAACAAAGAGCUUAUGUAGCUGGUAUACAAGCUGAGACAUGUGAUAACAAGUUCAAAAACUCAACUAGAAAGCCUUUAAGGGAUACAAACCGUUAUGUACAAAAUCUAUGUGCUAUUAUUAUGUCUAUUGUUAACAAAUUGAUUUCAACAAACCAACCAACUUCUAGUUAUUAG